AUGGAGCUAGAAGUGCCGGACGAGGCGGAGAGCGCCGAAGCGGGGGCCGUGACGGCGGAGGCGGCCUGGUCUGCGGAGAGUGGGGCGGCGGCAGGUAUGACCCAGAAGAAGCCUGGCCUUGCAGAGGCCCCCUUGGUGACAGGGCAGCCAGGCCCUGGCCAUGGGAAGAAGCUGGGCCAUCGUGGCGUGGAUGCGUCGGGAGAGACUACGUAUAAGAAGACCACCUCGUCCACCCUGAAGGGUGCCAUCCAGCUGGGGAUCGGGUACACGGUGGGCAACCUGAGCUCUAAGCCGGAGCGUGACGUGCUCAUGCAGGACUUCUACGUGGUGGAGAGUAUCUUCUUCCCCAGUGAAGGAAGCAACCUCACCCCCGCCCACCACUUCCAGGAUUUCCGAUUCAAGACCUAUGCACCUGUUGCCUUCCGCUACUUCCGGGAGCUCUUCGGUAUCCGUCCGGACGACUACUUAUACUCGCUGUGCAAUGAGCCGCUCAUCGAGCUCUCCAACCCCGGGGCCAGUGGCUCCGUCUUCUACGUCACCAGCGACGAUGAGUUCAUCAUCAAGACUGUCAUGCACAAGGAGGCGGAGUUCCUACAGAAGCUGCUGCCUGGUUACUACAUGAACCUCAACCAGAACCCGCGGACGCUGCUGCCCAAGUUCUAUGGGCUGUACUGCGUGCAGUCUGGUGGCAAGAACAUCCGCGUGGUGGUUAUGAACAACGUGCUGCCCCGUGUCGUUAAGAUGCACCUCAAAUUCGACCUCAAGGGCUCCACGUACAAGCGCAGGGCCAGCAAGAAGGAGAAGGAGAAGAACCUGCCCACCUACAAGGACCUGGACUUCAUGCAGGACAUGCCUGAGGGGCUGCUGCUGGACUCAGACACCUUUGGCGCCCUGGUCAAGACGCUGCAGCGAGACUGCCUGGUGUUGGAGAGCUUCAAAAUAAUGGACUACAGCCUGCUGCUGGGCGUGCACAACAUCGAUCAGCAGGAGCGAGAGCGCCAGGCCGAGGGCGCCCAGAGCAAGGCGGAUGAGAAGCGGCCCGUGGCCCAGAAGGCUCUGUACUCCACGGCCAUGGAGUCCAUCCAGGGCGGAGCUGCCCGUGGGGAGGCCAUUGAGACGGAUGACACGAUGGGGGGGAUCCCGGCCGUGAAUGGGCGCGGCGAGCGCCUGCUCCUCCACAUCGGCAUCAUCGACAUUCUGCAGUCCUACAGGUUCAUCAAGAAGUUGGAACACACCUGGAAGGCCCUCGUCCAUGAUGGGGACACUGUCUCCGUCCACCGGCCCAGCUUCUAUGCCGAGCGCUUCUUCAAGUUCAUGAGCAGCACAGUCUUCCGGAAGAGUUCCUCCCUGAAGUCCUCUCCAUCCAAGAAAGGGCGUGGUGCUCUGCUGGCUGUCAAACCCCUGGGGCCCACUGCUGCCUUCUCAGCCAGCCAGAUCCCCAGCGAGAGAGAAGAUGUGCAGUAUGACCUGCGGGGGGCCCGCAGCUACCCCACGCUGGAAGAUGAAGGCCGGCCUGACCUCCUGCCCUGUACCCCACCGUCCUUUGAGGAAGCCACCACAGCCUCCAUCGCCACCACCCUGUCCUCCACCUCCCUCUCCAUCCCAGAACGGUCCCCUUCAGACACAUCAGAGCAGCCCCGGUACAGGCGGCGCACACAAUCCUCAGGCCAGGAUGGCCGGCCCCAGGAGGAGCCCCAUGCGGAAGACCUGCAGAAGAUAACUGUGCAGGUGGAGCCCGUGUGCGGUGUGGGGGUCGUCCCCAAGGAGCAGGGUACAGGAGUGGAGGUCCCCCUAUCUGGGGCAUCGGCCGAAGCCACUGUGGAAGUAGACGCUGCCAGCCAGGCCUCAGAGCCCGCCAGCCAGGCCUCAGAUGAGGAGGAUGUGCCCUCCACAGACAUCUAUUUUUUCGCUCAUGGGAGAUACUGGCUUUUCUCUCCCCGUCGUCGCCAACUGCGGGCCGUGACACCAAACCACACAGGCGCUCCCACCGACGAGAGGAGCUGGGUGUACUCCCCGCUUCACUAUAGCGCGCGGCCCGCCUCCGACGGCGAGAGCGACACAGUAAGUCCCCAGGCAGGGUGGGAGGACAAGGCCGGAGCUCCUCCCCUCCCCUGGUGACUCCCUGCCCUCCUCUUCUAGUUCCUCCCCUUCCUCCGGCGCCUCCUCUCCCUUUGAGCCAACUCUGAGGCUCCUCUUGCUCCAACUCCUCGUCCCUUCCCCCGACUCCUCCCCCUCUGCCCCUCCUUCCCCCCUCCCUCCCCGCUGCUCUAGGCACAGGGAUCUCUAGGUGUACCAACCCUGUGACCCAGGAAAACCGGGCUUGGUCUCGGGGCCACCCACACUGUAGCUUCGAGGCUGCACCAGGAAGCUUAGUGGGGGCCUGGGUCCUGCCCUCCCUCACCUGCCCCUCUCUGGUCUUUGCAGUAACUUCUAUGCAGUCCCCAAUCUGGAGCCCAGCGUCCUUCUGCCACCCCAGCCACUUCCUGGAGGCGCUGCCCCCCACAGGGGCUCAAAGCUCAGAGACAUCACCCCGAUGGCCCUGGCCCGACCUUGUCCUCUCCCUCCCCACUGACGGACGCCACAGGCCAGGCCCAGCCCCAGGAUAGCUCAGGCCGCCAUCGCUGCUUCCUGUGCCUGUUGGGGCGGCGACAUUUGGAGUACCCAUCCUGUAUUUAUUUUGGGUCUUUUUUUUUUUCUUUUGGACGGAGAGGGAGCACAGGAGUGAUUUACUAGGAAAAAGACACACAAAACCCAGGAAGAUGCUGCAGCCACAGCCUUAGUGCACCAGGCUCUUCAUGUCUCAGUGUUCUGGGGACAGUGGCCAGGUAGCUCCAGUAAAGCCCACACACUCCAGGACUCUUGUUACGGCCUGCAGAGGAGACAGGCCCCACCCCCACCCCCGGUGGCCAUCCCAGGUCUAUGCUCCUGUGUUGGGUCGCCUCAACAGAGCCCCUCCGUCACCUCAGGUUUGGGACCCGCGCAAACCAGGACUAGUCAUGCCCUGUGGUCUUUCUGCAUCUGUUUACUGCCACUGCAAGGACAUCCUCAAGCAUGAAUGUCUUGUGGCUACAAUCUCCUGAUGCUGACUGGGAGGGUCCAUACUGUCUGUGUCUCAUCCCUAUGAAGCCCUGAGCUGGUGCUGUGGGUCCCCUUGACUCCCAGGGAAACCUCUGCCCCAAGAAGGGCACAGCCAGGCUUCUGGCUGCAGAGAGCUGGGUCCUGAGACCCCGGCUGAAGAAAAUAAGGGAGAAAGUGACAUCACCUCAGCAAAGCCAAGUAUGUCCACCGAACACCAGGGGAGUUGUGGCCAGCGGUCUACUCCUCUGGGUACAGUGCAGUGGUGUCAUGACCCUGCUUUGUGGACGCUCCACCCACAGUGUGCUGUGGAGGGGUCAGGCUGGACCAGUCUGAAAACUCCAGCGCGGCUUUGGGGUCAGCCGCAUGGGCUGCUUGGAUUGCACCUUCAGGGACAGAGGUCAGGACCUGGCUGGCUUCCAGGGACUGCAGGCAGCCUGUGGAGGCAGUGAGGGGCAUGACACCCCUGUCAUGGCCAGAAAAGGCAUGGCCAGGGAGAGGACCCAUGCUGGGGGAUGGGGAGGCAACAGUAGGAGAGACGGACAGAUGCCUGGCCCUGGACCUCACGUCAGUCCCCUUCCUGUUGUGGAAUGCACAGUGAACUGCUGUGUGAGUUAAUUCAGGGGCUGCAAAGGCAGCAUUGGGCCUUGCACAGACACUGCAGGCAUAAUGUCGCACCUGUCAUCCCAGAAAGUCAAGGCAGGAGGCUUGUGGCAAGUUCCAGGCUAGCCUGAGCUACAGAGUGAAAAAGAGGCCAAAAGAAAAAAUCACAGGGCUGGCCCUCCCACUCAGUGGGCAGAGCUCAUCCAGCUGCAAAAGCCCUGAGUUCCAUUCCAGCACCACAGAAACCAGAUGGGGUGGCACACAGCUGCCAUCCCUCACGUGGGAGGCAGAAAGAGCAGAGGUGCAAGGCCAUCCUUGGCUACAACCAGUUAGAGGCCAGCUCGGGCUACACGAGACCCUCUCAAAAGAGAAUCUGUAAAUACCUUUGUGACUCCCAUCUUGUCCCCCAUCCUGUUCUCCCCAACAGCCGCUAUCGCCCCACCGUGGACGGCGUGCGAACUGUACUGUAAGGCCUGGGGCCGCCUCCAAGGCUGAAGAGGUGCCCCCCAAGCCCGCCUCUGUUCUCAAGCCAUCCCAGCAAGUCCCCUGUCCAGCCCCACACAACAUAGUGCAAUAUGCCCUCCCCGUGGGGUCCCUUGGCACGGUACUGUCUCCGCAGCCCCUUGUCUCGCACCCCUAGCUCCCCUCUCUCGGGUGGUUAAUAAGCGCAUCGCACAUCCUCCCCCAGCCCUGUUUUUACUGUUGAAUUCAUCCUGUAAACUGCAAACCUCGUGUGUCUUACCUUUAGGACAGGGAUCCAGGGUCCUCAGCCCAUGUGGUCUGGUGUUUGACAAUCCAAGUACAGUGUCCCCUUGGCGCUAGCCAGAGGGGCCUGUCCCUCCAGCGCAGCCGGCACACGUAUGCAGCCCAGGUUCCCGCCCCACAGGUCACAGCCCCUCUUUUUGAUCUGUAAUAAAUCUCUAAUAAGAAA